GUGGAUUAUGUAUGUCUCGGUCACGAGGCGGUGGAGGAUACAUACACAUGUCUCAUGACUCAUGAGACAUGAGGUCUCAAGAUAAUACAUACGAUAGAAUGUACAGUAUGUCGAGCACGCACGAGUGCACAAAAGGCAGGCAGGCGCAUGAAGACCUCAUCUUGACUUCGUCGGCGUUUCGUCAGGCAGCUACUUUCUUGCCACCAGCCCCGUACUUCUCACCUCCUUUUCGUAGUCAAUGUGGACCUUUCUUUGAUUCUUGGUACAUUCCAAAUGUCGGAUUCGAGCAGUAAUGCAAGGUCGUACUGCAAAACUUUUCGAGGAUUUCAAGUCUUAGUAUCAUGCACGUCACUCACUCACCCUUGGAAUCUGUACGUCUCGUCAUUCUCCUUUAAGCUUAUGGUGAAGAAAACUCAUGCCCAACUGCAAGGCUUGUCGGCGAUUGUGUAUCAUGAAUUACAUCGACAAAGAACUCCGCAAGACGUCCCGUUACUACGAAAAGGACGGAAGGAAGAAAUGAACAUAUGCGCCAUAUCUUUUUUAAGUGCACGACAUUCGACGAUGAGCCUGAUUGCAUAUUCUAGAAACUACGCGAGAAGGAAGGAGAAGAAGUUCGAUGCGAAAUUUGUCGUACAGAGAGAGAGCAAUCGCUCGUCGGCAGAGCCAAACAAGAAAAGGGAGAUCGGAAGGAAGGGAAGGGAGGGGGAAGGGAAGGGAAUGGAGGGCAAGACGAGUGUGCAAAAGUCACGGAACUUCUAAGGAAAUGAUGUCUUCAGUGGAGGUCUUCUUUCGCGCGCUGAAAAGUCGCUGGCGAGGGUCCUGCGGAAGGCGGAGAACAAGACAAGACGUAUCUAAAACUACAUCUGCCGUUGAAGUG